AUGGACUUUGAUGAGGCUGUGGCCAAGGUGAAGAAAUUGAAGCGACGUCCGACAGAUGACGAGUUGUUAGAACUUUAUGGAUUGUAUAAGCAGGCUAUUAUGGGUGAUAAUACUAGUAGCAAACCUUGGAUCGAUUUCAAAGCUCGAGCCAAGAAAUGGUCAGUAGUACGUGCGACAAAACCUACUUUUGUCAAAAUACGAAGAGCAUCAUCGGGGGCAACUCUUGUUAAGAUUGCACCGAAAAACUUACAGCCUUACUUGAGAUUGAUGCGUAUCGAUAAACCUACUGGUUUUUGGUUGCUUUAUUGGCCAUGUACAUGGUCAAUAGCGCUAGCUGCACCACCAGGUUCAUUGCCUGAUCUAAAAAUGCUUGCAUUAUUCGGUGCUGGAUCAAUUCUAAUGCGUUCUGCCGGUUGUAUUGUGAACGAUAUUUACGAUAAGGAUUACGACAAAAUGGUUGAACGAACAAAAUCAAGACCGCUUGCAACUGGAGAAAUUAAUAAUCGACAAGCUGUCGCUAUUCUUGCACUGUUACUAUCUGGAUCAUUGUCCAUACUUCUGCAGUUCAGCUGGUUCAGUGUUGUCGUAGGUGCUAGCUCAUUACCUUUGGUUGUCAUAUAUCCAUUGGCAAAGCGCUGUACAUAUUGGCCACAGUUCAUUCUUGGGCUUACCUCUAACUGGGGAGUAUUUAUUGCGUGGUGUCACUUGUGUCCGAAUACACUACUUACCGUCAUUCCUUUGUACACUGCUACCGUGUUUUACACUGCUACAUAUGACACCAUAUAUAGUCAGCAGGGGUUAAAAGGUCGCAGAAGAGUAAUUGUCCAAAAACUUUACACCACUACUGCUAUUGAUUCCGCAGGAUUGACGUUCAACUGGGGAGCACUGUUGGGCUGGGCCGUUAUACGCGACGAAUUAUGCGCAGCGGCAUUUUUAUUGUAUAUGGCUUCGGUGAAUUGGACUCUGAUUUACGACACUAUAUACGCUUAUCAGGAUAAAACGGAUGACCUGAUUGUUGGUGUUAAAUCUACGGCUUUGCUUUUCGGUGAUAAAAUGAAGUAUUGGUUGACUGGUUUCACAGCUAUUACUAUGCUAGGUAUUGGAGCCACAGGUAUUAUAGUACAGCAGACGUGGCCCUUUUAUGGUGCAUUAGCGGUUACUGGGGCACAUCUUACAUGGCAAAUUGGUACCGUGAAUAUUAACGACCCGAAGGAUUGCUGGAAAAAAUUUAAAACCAAUCAGUGGCUUGGUAUUAUCUUACUUACUGGUAUUGUGGCAGGAAAUUUAUUACGAAAAGAAGAAAAAGAAGGAGAAGCGCCGUCUUUGUAA